AUGGGAGGCAGAAUUACCGUUUUAAUAUCAGGUUCAGGUUCCAAUUUACAAGCAUUGAUAGAUGCUCAAAAAGAAGGUAAAUUAGCCAAUGGUGAAAUUGUACGUGUGAUAUCAUCUAGCAAGAAAGCUUAUGGUUUAACCAGAGCUGAGAAUGCCGGAAUACCAACCCAAGUACAUUCUCUAUAUAAUUAUACAAAAGAGUUACCAAAGGAUGAUAAAGAAGGCCGUAAGAAUGCCAGAGUUUCAUUUGAACAAGAUUUAUGUGAGUUGAUCUUACAAAAUGAACCAGAUUUAAUUGUUUGUGCAGGCUGGUUAUUAAUAUUGGGCCCAACUUUCUUAGCAAAUAUUGGUGGCAUUCCAAUUAUAAACCUACAUCCAGCAUUGCCAGGUGCAUUUGAUGGUACUACGCAUGCUAUUGAAAUGGCUUGGAAAAGAUGCCAAGAAGAGAGUGAACCUUUGAUCGCAGGUUGUAUGGUUCAUUAUGUUAUCGAAGAAGUCGAUAAAGGGAAACCAUUGGUAGUAAAAGAACUACAAAUAAUUCCGGGAGAGGAAACAUUAGAACAAUACGAACAAAGAGUACACGAAGCUGAACAUAUAGCAAUAGUUGAAGGUACUGUCUUAGCAUUAAAUUCUAAUAAAAAAAUAUAG